CUGCUUACAAAAUCCAUGAAUAGUGUGACAAGAAGAAUUACCCAAAGAGAUGAUUCCAGUCUUCCAAAAGUCCUCUUUUUCCUUCUCUCUCUUUCUCUCUCCUCCGAUGAUUUGCUCUUUGACUCUUCUCUCCUCAUUCUCUCUUCUUCCUCUGUCAUUCCUGAAGAAUUAUUGACACUCUCUCUCUACUCUCUCAUCCCACCUCCUGCCGCUUCGUCUUCUCCCAGAUUCCGGCAAAACUCCGCUCGCCGGCUGUUUUUUUCACCGGACUUCUCCACUGGGCAUGUGAAGGACCCUCAAGCAUCUCAAUUGAUACUGUUCUUUAAAUUGGAAUGGGGGUAUAUCUCAGCACUCCUAAAACUGAAAAGUUCUCCGAAGAUGGCGAGAAUGGCUGUGUCAGAUAUGGUUUGUCUUCCAUGCAAGGAUGGCGUGCCACAAUGGAGGAUGCUGAUAGAAGUCAAUUAUCUUGUGGCAUGUGAUGGUGCAGCUAUAGGUAGAGAAAUAAUCCGGACUGUGGGAAGUAGUACUGUACAGAAUCUGCAUGCAGCAUAUCCUGAUCUGGAUGCAUCCACCUCAUUCUUUGGUGUUUAUGAUGGCCAUGGAGGCAAGGUAGUUGCUAAGUUCUGUGCAAAAUAUCUGCACCAACAAGUGCUCAAGAAUGAAGCAUAUGCGGCUGGAGACAUAGGAACUUCUGUUCAAAAAGCUUUUUUCAGAAUGGAUGAAAUGAUGCGCGGACAAAGGGGUUGGAGAGAGUUAGCUGUUUUGGGAGAUAAGAUAAACAAGUUUACUGGCAUGAUAGAAGGGUUGAUUUGGUCUCCGAGGAGCAGUGAUGGUAACGAUCAAGCUGAUGAUUGGGCUUUCGAGGAGGGCCCUCACUCUGAUUUUACUGGUCCAACUUCUGGGUGCACAGCCUGUGUUGCAAUUCUUCGAAACAAGCAACUUGUUGUGGCAAAUGCUGGUGAUUCGCGCUGUGUGAUAUCAAGGAAGGGUCAGGCUUAUAAUCUGUCAAGGGACCACAAACCCGAUCUUGAGCUUGAGAAGGAGAGGAUUUUAAAAGCUGGUGGUUUUAUCCAUGCAGGACGAGUCAAUGGAAGUUUGAAUCUUGCAAGAGCUAUAGGUGACAUGGAAUUUAAGCAGAAUAAAUUUUUGCCAGCGGAAAAGCAAAUUGUAACUGCCAGUCCGGACAUAAACACUGUUGAGCUUUGCGAUGACGACGAAUUUAUUGUGCUAGCAUGUGAUGGCAUCUGGGACUGUAUGUCUAGCCAGCAAGUGGUAGAUUUUGUACAUGAACAACUACUCUCGGAAAGCAAGCUAUCUGUGGUGUGCGAGAGAGCCCUUGAUAGGUGCUUGGCGCCAUCGACUGCUGAUGGUGAGGGAUGCGAUAACAUGACCAUGAUCGUGGUGCAGUUCAAGAAGCCUGAACAGUCGACUGAAUCCGAGGGUGGGCAAUCCUCACCAACUGAAGUAGCAGCCGGAAGUUAUUCAAAGGGGAAGUCAUUCAAGGGCAUAUGAAUGUGAAUCGAAGUAGUGGCCCUUUGUGUACCGUGGAAUUGGAAGAGAGAUUUGCAUCACGUUUUUACUCUUUCAUAAAUGUGAAUCUCCGAUUGGAAAUUGUAGAUGGUUUUGAACAUAAUUUUACUGUAUCUUUGAGCUUUAUAAGUAAAAUGAUUGCAACUGCUUGAUUGUUCCA